AGCGCGCCGGCCGCCGGACCAUGCCCGGGCCGCGGGGCCGCCCCCCGCUGCCGCCGCCGCUGCUGCCGCCGCUGCUGCUGCUGCUGCUGCUCCCGGCCGCGCCGGCCGCGCAGAGCUGCCUGAGCAGGCAGCAGCUCCUGGCCGCCAUCCGGCAGAUGCAGCAGCUGCUCAAGGGGCAGGAGACGCGCUUCGCCGAGGGGCUGCGCCUGAUGAAGAGCCGGCUCAGCACCCUGCACGCCUCCCUGGCCAAGGGACCGGCCGCGGCGCUGCCCGCCUCCUGCCCUGCCCUGCAAGCCCCUGCGGAUGGGAAGAAGUUUGGCACCAAGUACCUGGUGGAGCACGAGGUUCACUUCGCCUGCGACCCCGGCUUCCAGCUCCUGGGCUCCAGCACCAGGACGUGCCAGGCCAACGGCAGCUGGACCGGGCAGGAGCCCCGCUGCACAGAGAUCAGUGAGUGCUCGAGCAGCCCCUGCCAGAACGGGGGCACGUGCCUGGAGGGGCUCAACCAGUUCAAGUGCCUCUGCCCGCAGCAGUGGACCGGGGCCACCUGCCAGUACCAGGCACAGACGGCUCCUCCUGCCUGGAGCGUCACGGAUGACCCGGCCUUCAGCCGCCAGCCCCGCUGUGCCCAGAUCGACCAGACCCAGCACUGCAGCUGCGAGCCCGGCUUCCACAUGAGCGGCACCGCGGCCACCGGCCUCUGCCAGGACCUCAAUGAGUGUGAGGUGUACAAGCGGGACGGGGGGCCCCGGCUCUGUGCUCACGCCUGUGUCAACCUGCCCGGCUCCUACCGCUGCGCCUGCCCCGGGGGGUACGUGCUGCUGGGCGAUGGCAAGAGCUGCGAAGACAUCGAUGAGUGUGCUCUGUCCCUGGACAACUGCACGAGGGGAACAACCUGCAUCAACACUGGGGGGGGCUUCCAGUGUGUGAACCCCCAGUGCCCCCCGCCCACCGGCAACGUCACCUAUGUCAAGACAUCACCCUUCCAGUGCGAGCGCAACCCCUGCCCGAUGGAGAGCCGCUCGUGCCACCAAGCCCCCAAGACCAUCUCCUUCCACUACCUUCCAUUGCCAUCCAAGCUGCUGACUCCCACCCCGCUGUUCCGCAUGGCCACGGCAGCAGCUCCCGGCCGGCCGGGCCCCGACAGCCUCCGCUUCGGCAUCGCGGGUGGCAACAACCGCGGGCACUUUGUGAUGCAGCGCUCGGACCGGCACACCGGGGAGCUCAUCCUGGUGCAGAGCCUCCAGGGCCCCCAGACCAUCCAGGUGGAUGUGGACAUGUCCGAGUACCUGGACCGUGUCUUCCAGGCCAAGCACGUGUCCAGAAUCACCAUCUUCGUGUCUGCCUAUGAGUUUUAGGGGAGGUGGCAGCCGGGGUGGUCCCUGCUCAGCAUCCUCCGCACGGAAGCGCCAGCCCUGGAGGCGGGUGUCUCACAGGAGCUCCAGGUGACAUCCCAUAGCAAAGCCUCUCUGCAUCCUCCCCUCUGCAUUGAGGUUAUUCUUUGGCACCACCUAUAUUGGGGGGAAAAGAGGGAAAUGAGGUGCAGAAGGAAUCAGGUGCAGGUUACCCGCUCAUUGGAGUGGGAGCAGAGCAUCAGCCGCACCUGAAGCUCCACAAGGACAAUGUCCCACAGCCUCACUGCCUGCACAGCACAGAAAGCAGUGCAUAGAAACCACAGCCCUCAUUGCCUUUUAAUUCUUUUCUUUCAUAGGAAAUAAGUUAAAGUGGUGCAUGCAGGAGGAGGGAGGCUCAUAGCAGGUACUGCUCUCCCCCCCGCUGGCUCGGGCUUGCGUGCACUGACCCCAAUCUUGUUAAAACAUAGAGGCAUGGUUUGGGUUGGAAAGGACCUUAAAGCUCCUCCAGUUCCAACCCCUGCCAAAGGCAAGGACACCUUCCGCUAGAGCAGCUUGCUCCAAGACCCAGCCUCUGCUCCCCUUUGGAUGAGGAAACCCAUGGCAGCCUGCAUAGAGGGGGCUGGUCUGGGGUUCCAAUCCCAUGGGAUUGACCGGGACUGGAAAAAUCCAUGAAUCCAUGAAUGAAUCCAUGCUCGAGGGAGCUGGAGAUGUGAGUGUUUCAUUUAUCCAUCAGGCACAGCCUCACCCCGUUGUGUGUACACAGCAAUGGGGAUAGCGGGGGUUUGGCUGGAAACCAUGCCAGGGGGAGGGACACGCACACGGACCCCCCUCCCUGGCCUGGCUCUCUUCCCCCCGGGACCUUGGUGCUUGUCCAUGUUAACCACAACCCCUGCCCAACGUUAUGCAUGUUCUCUGUUACGCUGGUUUAGUACCAUGAUAUAACCUCUGAGCAGAAUAAAGUACCCAAAGCA